AUGACUGCGAACCCUAACCCAAACUGCUGUCUAGGGGUGUUUGGGUUGAGCCUGUACACCACCGAGAGGGACCUGAGGGAGGUGUUCUCCAAGUAUGGACUCCUGGCAGACAUCAGCAUUGUGUUCGACCAGCAGUCCAGACGCUCCCGCGUCUUUGCCUUCGUCUACUUUGAGAACAGAGAUGACGCCAAGGAGGCGAAGGAGCGGGCCAAUGGAAUGGAGCUGGAUGGCCGCAGGAUCAGAGUUGACUUCUCCAUCACUAAAAGCCCACACACCCCCACGCCUGGGAUAUACAUGGGAAGGCCCACAUAUGGUGGAGGUGGUCCCAGUGUGUCAAGACCCUCAUCACGGGAUUAUGACCGGGGCUACGACCGGGGCUAUGACCGCUAUAAUGCCAGAGACUACUACAGAUCCUACAGGUACCUCCUUCCUGGCUCUCACUGGCUGUGGAUAAACUGA